AUGGAUGCGGAGCGGAUCCAGCUGAUGCUCUCCAAGAUGCAUCUGGCGAUCGACUCGUCUGACCCAGAGCGUGACAGGUCGAAGCUGAGCUGCGGCGAUGACAUGGUUCGGGCCAACGCCACCAUAGCUGAAGCAAUCAAGAGCAUGUUGGAAAUUGGGAUAUUGAGACAUUGGCAUUGGCGGGCCGUCGCCGACACCAUAUCAACGGAAAACAUUGGGUUAGCUGAGCUGACUCUCUUGACGAAGGACGGCCGGCGAUGCACCGAACAAGAUUUGGUAGCCUACGGUGGGCAGAUGAGGUCGUUCGUCGACGCGUGCCCAAACACAUUAUUCAGCGGUUUCGCACGACUCGAGCUAGAGAAUUUGAGGCUACCCAAAUCCGAAUCCAAUUUGCCGAAGAUUCUAGGUAUAUACGAGUGGUUGGCAUUCCUCCACUUUUAG